AUGCGGUCGCUGGCGCUCACGCCGACGUGGUCCGUCGCCACCGUGCUCACCCUCCUCGUCGCGGGCUCGCUCCUCAUGGAGCGCUCCAUCAAUCACCUCAGCAAUGGAUACGAGUUGUUUGUUUCGCAUGAAGGUUUGGAGCAGCUGCACCGGUUUAUAUUUGUAAUGGCUGUGACUCAUGUGACAUAUAGCUGCUUGACGAUGUUGCUAGCAAUACUCAAGAUCCAUAAAUGGAGAAAAUGGGAGGAUGAAGCAUUCAGGGAUAAUCAUGAAUCAUUUUCUCAGAUCGCAUAUGAGUCAGCAACUAGAAGGCAGCCAGCACUUACCAAAUCCUAUUCAUUCCGCUCUUGGAGCCAAAAUAAUGUGGUCAUGUGGCUUGUUUGCUUUAUUGCACAAUUUGGUCAGUCUGUUGUUCGAGCAGACUACCUUAUCUUGCGCAAGGGUUUUAUAAUGAUCCACAAUCUUCCGCCAACAUAUGAUUUCCACAAUUACAUGAUACGCUCAAUGGAAGAGGAGUUUGAGAAGAUUGUUGGAGUGAGUGGACUGUUGUGGGGCUUCGUUGUUUGUUUUAUGUUAUUUAAUGUAGACGGAUCCAACCUGUACUUUUGGAUAGCAAGCCUUCCUGUAACACUUGUUCUUCUAGUGGGUGCAAAGCUGCAGCAUGUCAUUGCAACUCUAACAGCAGAGGGUGCGAAGAUGAGCACCUACGGGCCAAGGAUACAGCCAAGGGAUGAUCUCUUUUGGUUCAAGAAACCAGAGUUUCUCCUUUGGUUAAUACACUUCGUUCUCUUUCAGUGGCAAUUUGGUUAUGAUUCAUGCUUCAUCAAAAACCACCUUUUGGUAUAUUGCCGCCUUAUACUGGGGUUUGCUGGACAGUUCCUGUGCAGUUACAGUACAUUGCCUGUUUAUGCGCUGGUCACUCAGAUGGGGUCCAAGUACAAGGCGGCACUGAUCCCACGGAGGAUCAGAGAGACCAUACACGGGUGGGGAAAGGCGACGAGGAAGAAGCGGCGUCGCCGGCGCGGCGACGACUCGACGGCCCGCACGGAGACGAGCACGGUGUGCUCGCUCACCGACGAUGACGAGGACAACUUCGACGAUCACCACCACCACGGGCCGUCGGACGAGACCCCGAGAGCCGGGGGCCGCCCGCCGUACCUGAAGAUCGAGAUGCAUCGUCAGUCGGGCAGCGGGCACGGGCACGACGGCCCCAGGCCCGGCCCCCCGUGCUUCCACCCCGCGCCCAUGCCGACGCCGGGCGGCGGCGGCGGCAGCGGGCACGCCAUGUUCCUGCAGCAGGCCUCCGUCCCCGCACCGUCGUCGCUGUCGUACCGCGGAGGCAACGUGACCAGGUCGGCGUCCAUGCCCGGGUUCGCCGCGCUGAGGAUGGGCUCCGGUACGACGACGCGCAUGAGCCAUGAGGAGCCCACGUGA